GGCAUUGUUUAAGGUCUUGCCAGAGGAGAAAACCACCUGGACAAAAGAAGGAAAUCCUUGCAAGAGAAAAUGAGGAGCCAGGAGGGGAGCGCAAGGAAAACAGGGUAGCUCGCUGGGCAGCAAGCCAGGCCAGCCAUACUUGAAGCAGAGACUGCACUGCAGUGUGGAGACACAUGCUUGGGACUGACUACCAAGGUAACUGGGGAUGCAUCCACAUCCUAACAUGAGCUUUUGGUCAUCGGAGCUUCGCCCCGCAAAUGGACUUGCCUGGCUGACCUGUUGGAUUUGCUGAGAUCACUGACACAUCUUCCCUCUGCUGCCCCCACGAUGUGCGAGGCAGGGCUCAUCGCACCGGAGCCCUCCAGCCCCAUGCAGUACUAUGGUGAGUCAUCCGACACCUACUACCAUGUGGACCGCUGGCAGAGGCUGCGCACGGCUGUCAGGAAGCUGGAGUUCUGGGAAAACUUCAACGCCGAGCUGAUAGGCAGCGGUUUCUUCUCCAAGGUCUACAAGGUGACCCAGGCUGCUGCUUGUAAAGUGAUGGUGGUGAAGAUCUACAAGAAUGACGUGGACCAAGAGGUGAUUGUGCGUGAGAUCAGCCUGCUGCAGAAGCUGUCCCACCCCAACAUCGUCAGGUACCUUGGGAUAUGUGUGAAGGAUGACAAGCUGUACCCCAUUCUGGAGUACGUGAAUGGGGGUUGCCUGGAGGAGCUCCUGGCCAGCAAAGACACUGCUUUGACGUGGAAGGAAAAAGUGGACUUAGCUUCUGACAUCACCAGAGGAAUGAUCUACCUGCACUCCAAGAAUAUCUACCACCGAGAUCUCAAUUCCAAGAACUGCCUCAUUCGGGUGACACUACGGGGCCGUGAGGCACUGGUGACAGACUUCGGGCUGGCCAGGGAGGUGGUGGAGCUGCCUAUGAAGGAUGUGGAGAGGAAGCUGUCUCUGGUGGGCUCUGCUUUCUGGAUGGCUCCUGAGAUGCUGCGGGGAGAGCCCUAUGACCGGAAGGUGGACGUGUUUUCCUUUGGUAUUGUCCUCUGUGAAAUCCUGGGCAGGAUCCCAGCUGACCCUGAAGUGCUUCCCAGGACCCAGGAUUAUGGUUUGGAUGUUGCUGCCUUCCAAGGGAUGAUCAGUGAAUGCCCAAAGAGGGUGAUGGACCUCACUGCUAGCUGUUGUCGGGUGGAAGCAUUUAAGAGGCCAUCUUUCUCUGAAAUCCUGGAUGAAUUGGAGGAUGUCGCAGAGAGCCUAGAACCUAGGAGGGACAAUCAACUUUCAGGCUGAGCUGUCUGCCUCCUGCAAGACUUGGCAGAGAAUCAUCCAAACUGUAAAUAAACUGUCUGGGGGGUCAGGAGUGAAGAAGGAAGGUGGGGAAGGGAAGAGCUAAGUGAUGUGCUAGUCUUUAUUUAAUCAUAGUUUUGGUCUCUAAUUUCUUGGAUGGAAAACAUGGUUAAAAAUGGAGAAGGGACUUACCAAGGGUAUAUUUUUCCUAGCUAAGGUUUUUAACAGAUGUAAUUAGGAUGCUGAGCAGCUUUUGUCUGUUUGCUUGUUAAAAGAAAAUGAUCCUGGAGACCUGAAUUCCCUUGAAGAUGCUUUCCAAAUCCCCAACAGAAACAUCAUCUUCUCCUGCUUCCCUGUGUCCCCUGGACCCAGGGCCUUCCCCUCCUCCAUUCCUGUGGCCUUGGGGAAUUGCCUUUCAGGGGGCUGGGGUCUGUGUAGUGUGAAGGAGGGGGGUUUUGGGGUGCUUGGUGAGCCUGAGAGUCACCUUGUAUUUCAAAGCCUUAAAGCACCUGUCCAGCAGCCUUGCAGGAACAGGUAUGCUCUGUAAAGUCUGGCUGGGUCUCCUGGCAUCAUGUUCAGGGCACACCCAGGCACACAGGCAUCUGGCAAGGUUUUGGAGAGUCAGCUGGGGCCACCCAUGGAGUGCUGACCUGUGCCAGCUGAGGUGAUUGGGAGGGUGUGCAUUAUCAAGAUACAAACUAACCAAGUAAUAUUUCCUGUCAGAUAAGCUUUGUCAGACACAUGUCCCAGCAGCAUGGCAGUCUGUAUUUCUUCUCACCACCCUUGACAGAGGCUCAAAGAUGGAGGGAUCUGCCUCCCCACUUCUCAUCCUGCUGCACACACAGUGAUGAGCGCAGUGCCAACAGCUUGUGAGGCCAAAACAGGGGAGAACUGGGUCCAAAAUCAUCCAGCAUCUCACCCAUUUCUCUUCCUGGCCCAGCACUCGUCACCUCCUUUGCAAUGUGGGACACUUAUGGACCAUAGGGAUCAGCUGUCCAGGAAGGCACUUUGUUUUGAUACCAGGUUGUCUUCUGUGAGCCAGAGGAGGGUGAUGGAUCUGUGAAUCCAAACCAGAGGUGGAAAGAAUAAUGGCUAGAAGUGGUCUGGCACUGCAAAUGAAGAAAAAAGGUGAGCAGUGAAGUCCCUGCCCCAGAUCAACUGAUUGCUGGCCUAUUGGUCUGAAAGACGUGUUCUGCUGGGACCAAAAUAUUUGUGGGUGUAAAUAGGUGUAAUGUCUGUAUAGUGGUGCAGCUGUGGCUCUGUUUUUGUAGACUGUAGGCUCUUGCAGCAAGGAUCAUUCAUCUGUCCUCCAGAAAGUAUUUGUACAGUGUUUAGCCCAGUGGGCCUUCAACCUACAGCCUGAAGGCUGUUCUCUCACAUUAUUGUAGACCUACCUGGGGGCCUCAUCUCAAGCUCUUGGAGAUGGAUUUUACGUUGUAUAUAGCCCAACGUCUCCGUUCCAUGGUGCCUGUACAUGUGGAGUGUUGGUGUGCUGGGACAGAGAUGUAGUGGAAGAGCAUGGUGCGUUUUCACCAGGGAUCAUAAGGAAUUGGGAGCUGGCACGAAAUGCACUGAAUGGCACCAGGGUCAUCUCCAGGGGGCACCUGCAGCUCCUUAUUUCCCAGAGGUGCCGUUGUGCUUUUGUGGGAUUCUUUCUGUGAGAAACCUCCUGCUCAACAGUAAACUGCCCAGCAUAUACCUUCAUCCCAGCUGGAUGCUGCUGGUGGGGGGAAGCAAAGCCUUGAGAAGUAGAAAAUGAAAUAAGGGAAGCUUUUCAACCUGGAGGAGGGAGAGUGGCCACUUUUUGACUUGCACCAGUUUGGGGACUUUAGACCAGUGGAGUGAAAUGGACUGCAACAUCAGUGCAAACAGCACUGAUACAUGUGUGUGUCUUCAGUGAGAACCAGCCACCACCAGCAAUGUGUUGGAUGAAAAUCAAAGGGUGUAUAUUUGGCUACCAGGAGAUGGACCUGAAGAGCUAACUGCAACUUCCCAAGGCUUCCCAGGCUCCCCUGGGCUCUUCUUCCAUAGAGGAAUAGGCUUGAGAAUGGGGAAUCCAACAGUAUGUCCUAACACUCAAAGCAUUAAGGAUACAAAACCUUUUCCAAAGGCCACUAUUGAUGAAGGAUAGCUGUCCACCUUGGCUCAGUCCCUGGCUAGAUGCAGUGCUUUCACAAAGCCUUUCCCCAGUCUUCCCCAUGCUGUCUGGUCUACCAGGCUGGAGUCUGUUCAUCCUCUGCCCUCCCUGCACAAGAGUAGACUAAAGGAAGAUCCCUCAGCAUACUGAUCCCUCAAAUGGCCUGUUAUGGGGUGAAGAUGUCUUGUUCCAGGGGCACUUCCCUGCAGGGAUGUUCCCCUGCUGGCCAUCUCCUUGCCAAGACCAGCAAGGUGUGAUGCUGGUGGUGCCCUACCAUAGACUGGGCUGAUCCAUACAUCUGACUUUGGUCCCACAGAGCAACAGCCAUGGGGCUGGGACACAGUAGAAGAAGCGUGUGGAGUUCUGUAUGCUUUGGUAUUGCUGUGGUACGAAGGAAGAUCUUUUGGUUUUAUUUAUCUGCUUGGGGAUAAGAAGCGUGCUCAAGGAUUAAACAGAUUCAGGGCGAGGUGGGAUAUUUUCUGCACAGAGCACAGAGGAUAGCCAGCGUGAUCUGAGCUGUGAUGGAUCAGAACUGUGUUUCUUUCUGGGCUUAAGUGAUCCAUCCACUCUAAUGGUGAGGCCAGAUGUUGGAUCUCAUGUGACCAAAGGAUAUCAGGUACUUGCUAGAAGGACCUUUGGUGCCUGCUGCAGGGGCAUGUGGGACCAAAACUGUCUGCAGGCACCGUGUGGACUAGAAGAGCCAAUGCUGGGAGUCUGCAGAGAACACAGGUGAUCUGGGAAGUUGGCUGGUGCAUCUCGUGGACCAAGAGUUUCUCUUCACUGGUGAGAGCUGGAGGGAGAGGUGAGCAUGGAAAACCGAGAUGCCCUCCAGGUAUGAGCUCCUGUGCUGGGAGCACAGGACCUGGCUUUCCCAUGCCAGUAUGACACUAAGUCCCUGUCUGUAGUUGAAUUUCAUGUCUCAGAGUCCUGGCACUGAAUUAAAGCAACUGCAAUGGUGGGUAGAGGGUCUGGGUGGCACAGCAGGCUUGCCUUUGCUGGACCCAACCAGGCGCUGCCUCCUCCUCUUCCCUCUGUUGGCCCCUUGCUCUGCAGGUGCCAAUGGCAUGGACCUGACCAUGCUGCACCCCACAGACCAUGCUUUCCUGCAUUAUCCACUGUGUCUUCAUUUGUUUUUAUAAAUGCCAUUGGAAAUAAAGUCUAGUGGUUCUUUUCCACAUCA